CCUGACCUCAGACCCGGGGAUGCUGCCCACCCCCUGAGCCAACCGGGGUCACCCUGGCAGGGUCCCUGCCAUGGCCAGGCUGCAGGCUCCACCCAAGAGGCGGCAGGGACAUUAACCGGGGGGUCCCAGCAGGGCUCACCCCGAGGCUGGGAGGAGAGGAGAGCAGGAGGAGACCCCCUGGAACACGACUCAACCCCCUCCACCGUGUAUGAGGCUGGGACGCAGAACGCAGGACCCGCGUCCUCGGUGCCACCCCUUCCGAUGUCCCGGCAUGAGACUUCACCGACAUCCCUGCCACCCGCCAGCAACCACCGCCCCAACGCCUGCUGCUUCUGCUGGUGCUGCUGCUGCAGCUGCUCCUGGAACGAGGACAGGGAGAGAGCGUGGAGGGCACCCCGGGAGACCAAACUGGAGACCAUCCCAAACUGUGAAGCUUGCACCAAACCCAGCCCGGAGGAGGUGCGGGGCUGGGCACAAUCCUUUGACAAGCUGAUGAAGAGCCCGGCGGGGCGCAACGUCUUCCGAGAGUUUUUGAGGACUGAGUACAGUGAGGAGAACAUGCUCUUCUGGCUGGCCUGUGAGGAGCUGAAAACUGAGUGCAACAAGCACACCAUCGAUGAGAAGGCCAGGGUGAUCUAUGAGGACUACAUCUCCAUCCUCUCACCCAAGGAGGUGAGCCUGGACUCUCGGGUACGGGAGGUGAUCAACAGGAAGAUGCAGGAGCCCUCCUCGCACACCUUCGACGAUGCUCAGCUCCAGAUCUACACCCUCAUGCACAGAGACUCCUACCCCCGCUUCCUGAACUCUGCCAUAUACAAAUCCCUGCUCCAGAGCAUCUCCCGCUCCUCCUCCGAGUCCUAAGGACACCCACAGACCGUGGGGACACUGCUGGGGACACCAGUGGGGACACCAGUGGCCAAGGGUGGAUUGGUUGGGGGUUUGGUGCCUGCCACU